AUUUCCAAUCACCAAAGCAUCCAUAAAUUGCAUAGUCACCAAAGAAGCCAUAGUGACAGUAGCAAUAGUUUGAGAAAAAUCCUUUUAUUCAGUCAUGUGGCUUCUUUAACAAUACCCGGAAUUUUUUAAUCUUAAAAGAAAAAUUAGUUUGGCCCUCAUCAUCAUUCCACUCUGUUUAACUCGCUUUUCUUAAAGCGGUUCCCUUGAUGCUUGACAUCGAAGCUCCCUUCAAUCAUCUGCCAAAGCUCAUAUAUUAGAGAGAGACUGAAAGAGACUGAAAAAUUUCUCAGGUUUUCUGUGGUGAGUUUCAAUGUUUUUGUUGUUUUCUUAUGGUUUCAGGGAAAUUCUUGAAGAUUGCUGUCUGAAAAAUUCAAUCUUUAUGCUUCCACUGUGGUCUUGUGGAGCCAUAUAAUGAAGGGUUCUUGCUGAUUUCCCCUUCUCAGAUUUUUUUUGUGAGCUGUUUUGACAUUAUAAGUAAAUGCAGUUUAAGAAUAUUGUGGUUUGCUUCGUUCUUCACAAAGGGGGAUAGAUAUUACAGAUUUUUAGUUGUUUCAAGAGAGUUGGUUAAAAUUCUGUGGGACCUUUUGCUUAUUUCUUGGCUAUUUUUAUUGGAAAUGGAGGGCAAUCAAGAAGGGAUUUUUGAUGUAGGGUUUUUUCUUUAACUGCACAUUCGAUGUUGAGGAGAUCUGUUAGCUUGGUGGUGAAGCAUUUCGUUCAUUGUAAAUUUGAUGUUUAAUAUUGACUUUGCUGGUAAAAUUUGUGGUUAAAUCUUGUUGAUUAUGGCUGAAAUUAAGUUUCCUAGGCUAGAGCCAGGCCAAACCAAAAUCAAGAGUGUUCCAAUUGCUGUAACUCCAGAGGGAUUUUGGUGUUGCCCUUCACCCACUGUGUUUCAAAAGACAGUAAGGACUCAAAAUCCAUUAAACAAGCCCAAUCCAUCUCCUCCCAACCAAACAGCUUCAUCUCAGAAGAAGCAAACCUCUGUGAAUGAGAAGAAGGCAAGUUGUGUGGCGCCUAGAGCCAAUGUUGUUUGUGAUGUGCAAACAACUCAUGGUUCAGAUGCACCUGCUGCGAAUGCUUCGCUGGCAAGCGAGAAGGCGCCUCGCUCUAGGCCUGAGAGUGCACCAAGGAAAGUGACUAUCGAGUUUGGUGAGCCCGGAACGAGUGAUCUCAAGGUGAUUUUGCUUGGGAGGCAGGGAGUAGCUGUGAAGUUGAGUGUUCACAGGAGCGUACUAGUGGAACAUAGCAGUUUCUUUGCCAGUAGAAUUUCGGGACAGCAGCUGGUUUUCCAAUGUCUUGAGAUUGAUAACUGUGAGGAUGCUGAGAUAUAUGUGGAAACUAUUGGGCUCAUGUACUGCAGAGACCUCAAACAACGGUUAAUCAAGCAAAGUGUUUCACGCGUUCUACGCAUUCUCAAGGUCGGCGAACAGCUUGGCUACACCACGUGCAUCCGUUUUUGUUUGGAGUACUUGGAAGCUGUCCCUUGGGUGGGACAAGACGAGGAAGACAAAGUGGUUUCUUUAGUCUCGCGUCUUGAAGGUGAGGGCAUCGGUGUGAAACCAGUACUAAAACGAGUGUCUCCCGAAAUCUUAACACCACCUAAUGACACCCUCUCUCGCAUAUUGGAGCUGGUGCUAAAAAGCAGAGAAGACAAGGGUAGGCGAGAAAUGAAGUCCGUUGUGCUGAAGCUCCUUAAGGAAAACAACAGUCUCGCGAGCUCCUCCUCAGGGCCAUCUGACUUGUGCAACGAGACUCUUUACAGCUCGUGCAGAAGCUCCCUAGAUUCCUUACUGGCUCUAUUCAAACAAGCUGCAGAACCUGAUUUUCUCGACUGGGGUGCGGAUAAGCGGGAGCCAGUGGUGAGGUCGAUCUCUCUGGAGGCAGACAACAUGUUGUGGCUGCUUGAUAUCUUAGCUGACAGGCAAGCAGCAGACGAGUUCGCCAUAACGUGGGCGAAUCAGCAAGAAUUGGCCUCGCUUCACACUAGACUUCCAACAGUGUGUCGCCACCACGUUAGCAUGAUCAGUGCAAGGCUCUUUGUUGGGAUAGGGAGAGGGGAACUCCUUCCAUCCAAGGAGACGCGCCAUCUGCUGCUGAAAACGUGGCUGCAGCCGCUGAUCAAUGACUACAGCUGGUUGCAUCACGGGUGCAGGUCAUUCGACAGGAAAGUUGUCGAGGAAGGAGUAGGCAGGACGAUCCUAACACUCCCGUUGGAGGAUCAGCAGAGCAUCUUGCUCUGUUGGUUGGGAAGUUUUCUCAAGGGUGGGGAUAGCUGCCCGAAUCUUCAACGAGCCUUUGAGGUGUGGUGGAGGAGGACGUUCAUCAGACCGUAUGGAGAUUCAGGGAUUCUCGGGCAGCCGGAGAAUUUAGAUAGUACAAGUUACUGUGUUGAUGGUAAAGAUUGAUUGAGGUCUAACAACAAGGCUGUAUUGCUAAGUUCCAACAAGGUAAUUAUUGUAUGCUUCAUUUGUGUUGAAGGUGAAGAAGCCCAAGAUCCAGUAUUUGUAACAUUUGUGCAAUAAUAUAAAGGAAUAUGAACUUUCUAUGA